CUGAACCUGGAUGUCCGUCUCUGCAUCUCUCCGUCUUUGCCUCAGACGCGGUCGAGAUGAUGCCGAGCAGAGGUCUGCAUCUUGCUCGGGGCCAUGCGCCUCGAGUAUUCCAAUUGCAUUGUAGAAAUCUGUCGUCAACCUCGAGACAAAUACCCACCCGCCUCGUCCGCGCAAACCCCACAAUAUCUCCACGAUCGAUUAAAUGGCAUGGCGCCCGUACAGCGCUUCCCUCUUUCGCCAUCUCGGUCCGCCAUGCCUCGACAACACCGCAACGCGCCGCCGCCUCAACCGAGCCCGUCUCCACCGAGGCUGCUUCCUCCAUCCCUCCCGCCGACCAGAAUACAUUCCCCAAUCUCGACACAAUAUCACUGGAAGGAAUCGAUUUGAAUGCGAUCUCGGACGUGCCGGAAAGAAUAGGCUACCUCUCUGAAAUCGGGAUAAACUACGGCUACGGCAUCACUUCUUCCCUGCAAUAUGUCAUCGAGCACAUCCAUGUCUCGGCUGGUCUGCCCUGGUGGGGCUCGGUCGCUGCUACUGCCGUUAUUCUCAGAAUAGCACUGCUCCCUCUCUUCCUCAAGUCGAGCGAUAUCAUGGCUCGCUCGCAGGCCUUGAACCCGGUCCUGCAACCGAUCACCAACCGGAUGAAAGCUGCGCAGAAAGCCGGCGAUCAGGUCGCCAUGAUGUCCGCUUGGAACGAGCUCGGUGCCGCGCGGAAACGGGCCGGCAUCAGCAUCAGCGGACAAUUCACGCCCAUACUCGCGCAAGGCAUCAUCGCUUAUUGCGGCUUCCGACUCGUGAGAGCCAUGGCAACCCUUCCCGUGCCUGCACUUAAAACCGAAGGUCCGCUCUGGCUCCAGGACCUCACCCUAAGUGAUCCGUAUCUUAUUCUACCAAUUGCCAUGGCAGGCACCAUACAUCUUCUCGUGCGCAUGGGCGGCGAAACGGGUGCAGCGGGCACGUCAGAAAUGGCUCCAGGCAUCCAAAAGUUUAUGCUUUACGGUGUACCGACACUGAUUGUUUUUACCAUGGGCUGGAUGCCUGCUCUCACAUGCAUCUGGUUCACCAGCGGAGGCGCAAUCGGCAUCGUCCAGUCCCAGCUUCUCCAACGACCAGCAAUUCGCAACUUCUUUGGCCUUACACCUUUGUAUAAAAAUAAGAAUGCCCCGAAACCCGACUCGAACACGAUAGACGUCAAACUCGGCAAGAAGCCGUCGACCGCUCCUUCGGAUCAUCUCGACUUCUCAACACCCGCUGCAACGCCUCAGGCCGGCCGUGCCCAAAGGAAGAACCAGGCGUACAUGCAGCCGCGGUACCAAUCGCCGAAACUCAACUAUGCACAGUCGCCCGCGAGACCUGGUGGCCCUGGAAGCGUUAUCGAUGUGCAAUCGAGUGCGGGAACGCAGCCUGCCCAACCCUCUCCGGCUUCCGCUGCUGCUGCUGCCCCGGACUCGGACAUGAUCCAGCCGAGUCAGAAACCCGGAGGCGUCCUCGAACAAGCCUCGAAAGCAUUUAGUGAGGGAAGAAAGCGGCGGCGGCAGAGUGCGCGAAAAAGCGGCGACUGAUUCAGGGGUCAAGAACCGUGUCGAGGCUCUCCGUACAGUGGCAUUUGUACACAGCGUGUUAUAUCCUCUUCGCUCUUGCAUUGUACGUAUAGAUAUUCGUGUUAAGCGCGAAAUUUCGUGGCAGCCUUUGAUCAUCAUCGAGUCUUACUCGUGAGUGCUUUCCAAGCAUUGUUUUCAAAGGGUGCAACCCUACACAGA